CGUGAGCCCCGUCGCUGGGCCGCAAAUGUUUUCUGUCUUCAUUUUGAAACGUGAUCCUGCUCAUAAGGUGUGUCGCUAACGCCGUGUAAAAAUGACUGAAAUUCCAAUAUUGUCAUUAUUGUUAAUACCAAUAACAAAAGUUGAAUAAUAUAAUUAUUGUUAUUUAUUUUAUCAAUAUUUUGCAACCUGUGCUCUUCAAAGGCAACGGAGAGUGAAGAAAGUCACAUUUAUGAUCGUUUUGCUGCUUCACCUGAGAUGUUCAACUAGAGACAAUAUGAAGUGAACGGACAGGUCAGCGCGUCCAGGUGAACAGACACCCCACCUGCACUGAAAGUGGUUCUGUGUGCCACCUGUCUGACGGGUGUCUGCCUUUCACGGGACUCACCUGCUGAAGGUCAGUCCACCUGUCCCCCCCAGCCCAAGUCGAGCCUGCAACAGAGGGUCACUCACACUUGGGCGGGUGCUAAUCUCGGCCGACUUUCUCUCGGGUUUCUGUCUAGAGGUAAACUCACCCGUAAAGCCCGUCUGAGGGCAGUCUGUCUGGGGGAUUAGUGCCUUCAAAGAGCGUGUUGCGAGCGCCGCUGUCACCACACCUGCUCAGACGCACACGCAGCGUGCGCAGACACAUAGGUGCUGUGCCGAAGGAGCCGUCGGGUGCCGGAUGCUGCGCUCUGCACCGUACGGAGAGGUGCUCAAGGUGCGAGGCAGAGAUCUGAAAGGUGCUUCAGGUGACACGGGGCACAGAGGCAGCGGGCGAUCCGGGACCCUCGGGUGUCCCUGCAGGCAUCCCGUGGACAGGAGGGGAUGUUUCUGAGCAAGAGCAGAAGUGCUAGAGCUGGCAGAGGGAGGGCGCUCUGUGAGUACCUGGAACAGGACACACCGGGGACUCCGCACCAGGAGGGACUUCGGCUCCAGGAAGGUCUCCGUGCAGGCCACGCCCAUGUGGGAGGCAGGGCUGAAGACAGAGAAGGCAGAGCAGGCCCCGCCCACCACGGUCACCAUGGAAGACCAGCAGGUGAAGUGCAGUGCCUUCGAGAGGGUGCUGCAUGCCAUGGCGCAUGAUGAGCGUGUGGUCGGUGACCUUGUCCUGGGCCGGCGUGUCGCCUUCUACGAGCUCCGCGGGGAGAUUGGCUCUGGAAACUUCUCCCAUGUCAAGCUAGGAAUCCACACGCUGACCAAGGAGCGAGUCGCUAUCAAAAUUGUGAACAAGAGCCGAUUGGGCAGGAAGUGGCAGGGACAGCUGGCCACCGAGGUGUCCUGCAUGGAGCAGCUCUCGCACCCCAACAUUGUGCGCCUCUACGAGGUCCUGGAGACGCUGAAGCGCCUGUACCUGGUCAUGGAGUACGCAUACGGGGGCGAGCUCUUCUCCCACAUCAGCACCAGGGGCCGCCUCUCUGACCUGGAGAGCAGGAUCGUCUUCGGCCAGAUCGUCUCUGCCGUGAAGCAUAUGCAUGACCGCAACAUCGUGCACAGGGACCUCAAGGCGGAGAACAUCUUCUACACCAGCAGCUGCUGCAUCAAGGUGGGCGACUUUGGCCUCAGCGUGGCGUGUGACCCCGAUGAACUGCUCACCACGUUCUGUGGCUCGCCGCCCUAUGCCGCACCCGAGCUCUUCCGCGACAAGGGCUACGUGGGCCGCUGCGUGGACGCCUGGGCCCUGGGGGUGCUGCUCUACUUCAUGGUGACGGCCUCCAUGCCCUUCAAGGCGGACAACCUGAGCCGCCUGCGGAGGCGCAUCCUGCAAGGCUCCUUUGGGCUGCCCCCCCACGUGCCCGUGGCCUGCCAGCAGCUCAUCCGGGGACUCCUGCGGCCCGUUCCGGCCGACCGCCUGUCCGCGGCCCAGCUCAUGUCCAGCGCGUGGCUCAGGGGCAUCACCUUCCCGCAGCCUUACGCACCGUGCCGGCCCACCCCGGCCCACCUGGCAGACCCGGCGCAGGAGCUCAGUGCCGUGGAGGCCGAGGCGAAGGAGGCCCUCGGGCACCUGGGUAUCACGGAGACGCACCUGCAGAACAACCUACGCGCCGACCUGCGCAGCCCAGUGACGGGUGCCUACCGCAUCCUGCUGCACCGCGCACAGAAGCGCCGCUGCAUUGAGGCUGUCGGUGACUUGGCCCUCUGCCCGCGCGACCUCCCGGCCCACCGCCCCUCGGCUGUCUGCUGUAUCCUGUAGGGGGCGCCAGGCGCGGCACGUGUCGACUGAUGACUGAACCAAAUGCCAGGACGGGGUGUUUGUGGGGCAGCGCCCGCACCGGACCCAGGGGGCCAACCUUGCCACUUGUUGGCCACCUCCCACACCCUGUAAGCUCUGCCCACAGAAUGCCACCUACAGCAGCACCGGGUCUGCUUCUGAGCUUAACCUCACAGUGCACAAAAAAAGCAGUGUGGUUGCCUGCCGGUGGCGUGUGUGCUUCAGCGCGGUAUUGUAUGCGGUGUUACACUAAUGAUAGAAACGUUGCCUGCUCUUUAAUGCUGUAUUUGAUGCAAAAUUUUCUGAGACGAUUCCUACUCAGUGAAAUGGCACUUGUUUACCAUUCUACCUGGACACUGUGUGGCCCUGCCCAUUGCGGGGGUGACCACCAGGUGGCGUCGCAUCCCCGAGGAUCCCUCUAAAGGCUGCAUUCUUACUGUAUUCACACUGGCUCAGCUGUAGAGCAGAGGGACCCCCUGCCUGGGGUUCGAAUGGCAUUAGUGACCUUACCAGAGGACAGUAAUAGGAAUGAGCUGAGCUGCUGUGUAGCGCUUUUACGCUAGAAACACACACGCAGACACACAGCAGACUUGAAAUUUGUGAUCUUUCUUUUGUUUUUUUGUGUUUGGUUCUCUUUUCUUCU